AAAAAAAAAAAGAAUUGUGGAGCAUUAUGUUAGCAUCUUGUUUUUCUACUCUGCUUACUCAAUCAACAAACCCUAAGCUGUUCCUUACAACUCCAUCAGCGAGAAAUGGGAAGAAGAUCAAGGCAAUGGCUUCUAAUUCCUCUCCAAAGAGAGAGACAGAUCCAAAGAAAAGGAUAGUAAUAACUGGGAUGGGGCUUGUUUCUGUUUUUGGAAGUGACAUUGAUGUUUACUACAACAAAUUGCUUGCUGGAGAGAGCGCCAUUUCUCUCAUCGACAGAUUUGAUACAUCAGAUUUUGCUGUUAAGAUCGCAGGCCAGAUUCGCGGCUUCUCUUCGGAGGGAUACAUCAACGGGAAGGAUGAUCGCCGUCUCGAUGAUUGCUGGAGAUAUUGUUUGGUUGCUGGCAAAAGGGCUCUUGAUGAUGCUAACCUUGGGAAACAAGUUAUUGAGGCGAUGGACAAGACGAGAAUGGGAGUGGUGGUGGGAACAGGAAGAGGUGGCUUCACGACUUUCAGUAAUGGAAUGGAAGACUUGAUUAAUGGAAGAGAGAUAACUCCAUUUUUCAUUCCUUAUGUUAUGCCAAACAUGGGGCCUGCUUUGCUGGCUAUACACACCGGCUUCAUGGGGCCUAAUUACUCCAUUGAAGCAGCUUGUGCUACUGCCAAUCACUGCAUCGUUGCUGCUGCAAACCACAUUAGAGCAGGCGACGCAGACGUCAUGGUGGCCGGUGGGACAGAAGCUGUAGUCAUUCCGGUUGGAGUUGGGGGUUUCAUAGCCUGCAGAACCUUGUCUCACAGAAACCACGACCCACACAAGGCGUCGCGGCCGUGGGAUAUUCACCGCGACGGUAUGGUCAUGGGAGAAGGUGCUGGUGUUUUGAUAAUGGAAAGCAUGGAGCACGCGAUGAAAAGAGGGGCUAGGGUUUAUGCGGAAUAUUUGGGAGGUGCGGUUACCUGUGAUGCUCAUCACAUUACAAAUCCACAACCCGAUGGGCUUGUCGUUGCAUCUUGCAUAAUAAAGGCUUUGGGAAAUGCUGGUGUUUCAGCCGAAGAGGUUAACUAUGUGAAUGCUCAUGCAACAUCAACUCCAGCUGGAGAUCUGGCUGAGGUUAAAGCCAUCAAGAAAGUGUUCAACAACACCUCUCACUUGAAGAUGAAUGCCACCAAGUCAAUGAUUGGACAUGCGUUGGGAGCUGCGGGUGGGUUGGAAGCAAUAGCGACGAUUAAGGCAAUCAACACUGGCUGGUUACAUCCCACAAUCAACCAAGAUGAGUUGGAGGGUGAAGUCACGAUUGACACUAUCCCAAAUGUAAAGAAGCAGCAUCAAAUAAAUGUUGCCAUAUCAAACUCAUUUGGCAUUGGAGGUCAUAAUUCAGUUGUUGUCUUUGCGCCCUUCACUCCUUAAAACGGCCCUUCAUCUAUAAAUGUACUCUGUUAAGCACUAUGUUGUCGAUGCUCACAAAAUAGAAACACAGAGAUGUGACUGAAAGCAGCAGUAAACUGACAAGUGUAACUAUAUUUUUAGUAGCUAAAUUUUGUCUUGAUUAUUCGAAAGUACAGUAGAUUUUUUUAGUUCACCCCUGCGCAAAUUAUGCACGUAUAUA